GUUCGGAUGUUUUUUAGCGUGACUCGGUUUCCUUUCUCAUUCCCAUCAUCACAAUGGCAGCAAAUAAACCUGACCCAAGAAGGCUCAUCAGUGUUCAAAGUCAUGUUGUCACAGGAUAUGUUGGCAAUAGAUCUGCUACUUUUCCACUACAAUUGUUGGGAUAUGAGACCGACACAGUCAACACCACACAACUAAGCAAUCAUACUGGAUAUGGUCGAUUUGGUGGAAUGCGAUUAGAUGCCGCACAUUUGCAAAGUGUAUUUGAAGGAAUGGAAAAGAAUGGCUUAUUGCGGUAUGGUAGAAUGUUGUCGGGAUAUACACCAUCGCCUACGGCCUUAUCGGUGGUUUCAGACUUCGUCAAAAAGAUGCGUUCAUACAAUCCAGAGCUAGUGUACCUAUUGGACCCGGUAAUGGGAGAUAUGGGAAGAGGAUACUAUGUGGAUAAAGAGUGUCUACCGCUUUAUCAAGAAUUGAUGUCAUCUGCAACGAUCAUUUGUCCAAAUCAAUUCGAAGCCCAACAACUUGCAGGUCAAGAAAUCACUUCAUUACAAACCCUAAAAGAGGUAAUCGAAAAACUUCAUGCUCUCGGAACGCCAAACGUGAUCAUCACUUCUGUUGUUUCACUUCCGCCAAGUGAUAUCGAAAAGAUUGGUGCAAAAGUAGACGGAGGUAUGAUCUUGGUCGGAAGUUCAGCCGAUCCUUCCAAUCCAACACAUAAUCAACCUUGGUGUAUUCAAUUCCCGGAAUUGGAAGACUACUUUGUCGGAGUGGGAGAUCUGUUUUCAGCUUUGAUGUUGGGAUUCUUCCGUAAUGAGCAUAUGGAACCGAGCUUGAAAUCUGCAUCAGGAAGCGCAAUCAACACACCUCUAGCGGUCGCUGCCGAGCUUGCUGUUGCAGGCGUUCAAGGCGUUCUCCAUCGUACCUUGGGCUUUAUCGAAAAAGAGCAGAUACCGGACAAUUAUGAUCAACUUGACGAAGUUGAGAAACGAGUAGCAAAAGCACGUAGAGUUGAAUUGAGGCUAGUAGCAAGUCGUAAUGAGAUUGAGCAACCGCAAAUCAAGUUUCACGCAAAACCUUUACCAUAACACAAAAAAGCUGUAACAUAUUUUCAUCUAUAGAUU